AUGCCGUCGCAGUGGAACACAGACGGACGCAUCUGUCGGUUGCCCAUGCCAAGGAUCCCUCAUCUGGGCGCCAAGGCUCGCGACGCAGGCGUCUAUGUCUCUGGAGGCCUGUUCGCCGUGGGAUGGUGGUUCUUCAUGGAUGCAGUGAUAUGUUCCAAGAACUUUGACGACGUGGAAGAACAGAAGAGGGUGUCGGUCGAGUUUGUCGAUUGGGUCCCUGGCAUCUGUAGCACCCUUGGCAUGAUCAUAAUCAAUUGCAUCGACAAGGCAUCGCUGAGAGGCGACUCGUUCUCGUUCUCGAGUUCAGGAAGCAGUGUCAGUGUUACAUGGGUCGCCCGGCUGCUCCUGUUCAUUGGUUUUGCCUUCAUGGCUGGAGGCCUUGCUGGAUCUAUCAGUGUGAUGUGUAUCAAGUACAUCAUUCCUGAUUACGGCGAUCCUUUUACAUUCUGGGGCAUCUGCAACGUCAUCCAGAAUGCUGCCAUCAUGGUCAGUGCGGCGAUGUUAUGGAUUGCGCAGAACACAGAGUCAGAAUAUGAGUACAGCUUUGGUAUCUAA